AUGCGGGGGCGGGGGACCCCGGGCGCCGCCGCCGCCCCCAGCCGCCUGCUCCAUAUGGAUGCAGCGGGGCUGCCUGCCUGCAGGCGCGCCUCGCAGGACCCGCCGCGGCAGCUGCAGCCCGCCGUGUCCGGGGGCGAGGCGGCGCUGUGGACGCCGCUGAACGUGAUCCUGUUCAACCUGGUGUGCUCCGACUUCAGCGUGGCGCUGCUGGGCAACCCGCUGACGCUGGCCGCGGCCGUGGCGCACCGCUGGAUCUUCGGCAGGACGAUGUGCGUCGUCUACGGCUUCUUCAUGUCCCUGCUGGGCAUCUCGAGCAUCGCGACGCUGACGGUGCUGGCGUUCGAGCGCUACGUGAUGAUCUCGAGGCCGUUCCAGGCGCGCCGGCUGUCGCGGCGCGGCGCCGCGCUGCUCGUGGCCGCCAUCUGGCUGUACUCGCUGCUGCUGACGGCGCCGCCGCUGCUCGGCUGGGGCGACUACGUGCACGAGGCGGCCAACAUCAGCUGCUCGGUGAACUGGGAGAGCCGGACGCUGGGCGCCACCUCCUACAUCGUCUUCCUGUUCGCAAUGGGGCUGGUGGUGCCGGUGGCCGUCAUCAGCUUCUCCUACCUCAACAUCGUCCGCACACUCAAGAAGAACACGCUGCGGUUGGGCCGGGCGACGCGCGCCGAGUCGCGCGUGGCGCUCAUGGUGGCCGUCAUGAUCGCCGCCUUCCUGCUCGCCUGGACGCCCUACUCGGCGCUGGCGCUGCUCAUCGCCUUCGGCGACCACCGGCUGGUCAGCCCCGGGCUGGCCGUCGUGCCGGCGCUCGUCGCCAAGUCCUCCAUCUGCUACAACCCGCUCAUCUACGUCGGCCUCAACACGCAGGUACGUCGCGCCCCGGCCUCCCGUGGUGGCGCGCCGGGUCCACAAACACUCUGCGGUGCACGCCGCGCGGGACAAGUUAACUGA